UUGCGCUGUGUCUUUACGUCGGGAGGCGUGUGUGACAUUUGCUGCAGGGAGCUAACGUUAGUUUGUGAACAGAUAUCCGGACAAACAUGAAGAACUAGAGGGGAAGGGGAGCGGGGAAACGCUGUGCCUGUUUACCACCGAGCGGACGUUCGUGUUGCACUUUUGUUAUCGAGUUUAUGUCCGCUGUAGCUUUUGGUUAAAACUUCCUCUCCGGCUAAAACACGUUAAAUAGUAAGCUAACGCUGUCUCCUAACUUGUGCGGUAAAUGUACGGAGUUCGGGUCCUGCUUUGCUGUUGUAGGAGGUUAACAUGAUCAGAUAAAACUGUAGUUUAAUGAGUUUGUCUUUGUGUUGCAGUAUGGGUGGACGUUAAGCCCACUGCGGGUUUGCACACAAGGUUAAAAUUAGCUCCAGCCGGUUAGCUCCUCAUUCCCCUUUCUUGCUGCAGCUUCCUCUCACUUUUUCUUAUGCUGACUUGUCAGGCCAGGUGUGCUGAAAGUAGGCCAGGUGUGGUGUGCGAUAGAUAGGGUGCACUGUCUGGAACUUAGUAACAGUGUGUAGUGCUAAGUCCUACCGUCCGCUUCAGGGAUUUUUUUUGUAUUUUGUUGUUACUUUAGUGGAGCCAGAGGUUUUGGGGGAUCAUCAUCAUGCUGCUCUCCUUGGUUGUGCACACAUACUCGCUGCGGUACUGGUUCCCAGCCACCAUCAUGCUGGGGACAGCACCAGCUUACCUGCUGUCGUGGGGGGUUUGGCGCUUACUUUCAACUGUGUUACCAGCCAGGUUGUAUCACAGGUUGGACGACCGGUUGUACUGCAUCUACCAGAGUAUGGUCCUGUUCUUCUUUGAAAACUACACAGGAGUUGAGAUUGUUAUAUACGGAGAUAUACCAAAGAACAAAGAGAAUGUGAUCUACCUGUCAAAUCACCAAUGCACAGCUGACUGGAUCAUUGCUGACAUGCUCGCCAUCAGACAGAGCGCUCUCGGUCACGUCAGAUACGUCCUUAAAGAUGGACUCAAGUGGCUCCCGCUCUACGGAUGGUAUUUCUCUCAGCACGGAGGAGCCUACGUGAAAAGGAGUGCUAAGUUCAAUGAGAGGGCGAUGAAGAAGAAGCUCCUCACUCAGACUCAAUGUGGAGCACCAAUGUACCUUGUCAUCUUCCCAGAAGGAACUCGGUAUAACCCAGAGCUCAAGAAUGUUAUCGCUGACAGUCAGGCUUUUGCUUCGAAAGAAGGACUAGCUGUUCUGAGGCACACACUUACACCCAGAAUGAAGGCCUCUCACAUAGCCAUCGAGAGCAUGAAGGGCCACCUGAACGCUGUGUAUGACAUCACCGUGGCCUACGAGGGAACGCUGGACGUCUCCGGUCAGAGAAAACCUGCGCCAUCAAUGCCAGAAUUCCUGUGCAAAGAAUGUCCCCGAGUCCACAUACACUUCGACCGUGUGGACAUAAAGGAAAUUCCUUUAGAGCCAGUGUUUUUCCGCAGGUGGCUGCACGAGCGGUUCGAAAUCAAGGACCGGUUGCUGACGGAUUUCUACGAGUCAGAGGAUGCAGACAAAAUACGCAAGUUCCCCGGGGAAGGCAAACCUUCCCUUCUGAACCUCUCUAAAACCCUCCCAUCAGUGGUUAUCUUGGGGGGACUGACACUGCCGUUACUUCUGACGGAGAACGGCAGGAAACUGUACGUGAGAACCUGGGUGUAUGGGACACUGCUGGGCUGGCUGUGGGUGAACGUUUUUCCUUAACAAACAGGGGCUUAGGCUGCCACGAUGAGACGCACAAAAGACAUGGAGGGACGUUGCCGUUUUUCCUGUAUCCGAUCAACACAAGGUGUGUUUCCAGAUGCAGAGCAGCGUCUGAUAAGAGGCUCAGAGUUUUAUCCCACAUGUCUGGCUCACUGUUGACCUUGAGCUGAAAGCUGAACGGAGAUGCGGAGAAAUGUUAAGCUUUUUGUGCUACUUGUUCCCCUCGCGUUAUUUGGAUUUGCAGCCUGAAAUGAUGAGAAAUCAUGAGUGGAUUUGUUUAGAAGUAUUAGAUUUCUCAAAAAAUCCCCCUUGAUCUCUACUAUGAAAUAAAAAUGGAUAUAUACUUCUCUUAAAAUAUAACCCCCCCCCCCAUCAUCAGAUUUAGCUAAAUUAGUAUUCUUGCAUGCUCACUUUCCCAUCAAACAUUGGCCAGUUUUAAAGCUCCUGAAUUACAUUUAUUAUUCAGAAGUCUCAAAAACACGUUUAAUGAUUGUGAUCAGCUACUGUAUGUAACUGACGCAGUAACAGCGAUGAUGGAUCAUUAAUAAGUGCACUGACUCAUUGACAUUGGUUGUAAUGUCAGUGUUAUUUAUGCCAAGUCCCCUGUCAGGAGGAAUAUGCACUUUUUGCUCAUUUGAAGUGAUGUUUUUUUUACAUUAGUAGAACAAAAUAAAUAGCAUGCAGUCCUCUAUUGGGUCGCAUCAACAUAUAACACCAGCUGCAUUGUUUACCAUAAACGCAUACUGACAUUACUUUGUUCUAUACCGAAAAUGAAUGUAGCCAUAGAAACAUAAUUUAUGCAUAUAUGAAUGAGUAAAUGUCUUUUUUUUAUUAUUUCCAACACCCAAGAUUUUGAUUUGUACUAAUAUUAACAUCCUUUAAAAAUGCAAUAUGUUGUACAUUUAAGAGCAAAGUCCUCGUCAUUGAUGCCACAGCGAGCUCAUAUAUAGAGGAAUGCAUGUUAAAAAGGAAAAUGUUCUAUCAAUGUAAAAUAUGGCUUUAAUGUUAAUGUCAAUCUUUUGCCAAAACCUGGUGUAUUGUCCAUGAUGUUCUACAAGUGUUUUUUGUUGAGCAAUACUUGUUUUAAUGCCAGCCCAGAUGACAACAAAUCAACAUAAUGUCUUUCUUUCUUUUUUUUGGCCUAAAUAUGUUAUAAUUUGAUUUUCUUUUUAUAAUUGUUCCAUAACUUUUAUAUAAAUUUGUUACUCUGGAUACUAUGUUACAGCUCACACGAAAGUAUCUGCCUAGCAAAAAGCUGACAAAGCCAUGUUAACAGUAUAUCACAGAUUCCUGUGCUCUCAAAGCCAUUUGUAUUAUAACUAUCACUGUAUUGUGAAAUGCACUGUAUGUCCAUCGUUGUUGUUUACUGUAAUGAAACCAUUGCAUUUUCCACGAGUCACUUUACAUAUUUGCUGUCUUGUCUUCCUCUAAAGUUAGUCUUUAUAUGUUUUCCUCAUGUUGAUGGUACAGUAAAUCUCAUGGUUUUUACAUGUCGCUCCAAUACCUCACUUGAAUAAUCCUUCCUUCUUCUUAAAUGACCCUUGUCAGCCAUUUUAUAGUCAUUUUUAUCCUGACAAGAUCAGACUGUAACUCAUCAGGAAACUCUAUGUAGACAGUAUUUAAAUGCCAACGGAUUUUGGAAAUGUGUGCCUUCUCUUUGGAGGAGCUGGUCCUCAGCCCUCUCACAGAGGGCCACAGUGGCUCUUUUCCACCAGGUGACUGCAUGGAGGCACUCUGCUGGAGCUACUGCUCUCUGCAGCAUGUGGUCACAUUGUCUACAGUUCAUAGUGGCUUAUUUUGCUCUAAGAAUGCAUUGAUUUACACUUUUUGAGAACUAUUAUUGAAUGAUGAAACCUUUAACGUGUGUAAGUUCUGGAAAUGGGGGGUCAGAGUGAAAUAAAGGGGUUUUCUUUUAGGGAGAGUCAA